GAGUGAGAAAAGUGAGUGAAUGGAAGGAAGUGAAAGAAUGAAAAAAGUGAGUGAACGAGUAAGCGAGUGAGUGAGCUAAAGAGUGAAAAAUGUGAGUGAGCGAGUGAGAAAAGUGAGUGAAUGGAAGAACGUGAGUGAAAGAGUGAGUGAGUGAGAAAGGAGACUGAAUGGAAGAACGUGAGUGAGUGAGUGAGUGAGAAAGGAGGGUGAAUGGAAGAAAGUGAGUGAGUGAGAAAAGUGAAGAAAGUGAAAGACAUUAAAAAGUGAGGGAAAGAGAGUGAGUGAGAAAGGAGACUGAAUGGAAGAACGUGAGUGAGUGAGAAAGGAGAGUGAAUGGAAGAAAGUGAGUGAGUGAGAAAAGUGAAAGACAUUAAAAAGUGAGUGAAAGAGUGAGUAAGCGAGUGAGAAAAGUGAGGGAGUAAAAUAGUGAGAAAAGUGAGUGAAUGGAAGAACGUGAGUGAAAGAGUGAGUCAGUGAGAAAAGUGAGUGAAUGGAAGAACGUGAGUGAGUGAGUGAGAAAGGAGAGUGAAUGGAAGAAAGUGAGUGAGUGAGAAAAGUGAAGAAAGUGAAAGACAUUAAAAAGUGAGUGAAAGAGUGAGUAAGCGAGUGAGAAAAGUGAGAGAGUAAAAUAGUGAGAAAAGUGAGUGAAUGGAAAAACGUGAGUGAAAGAGUGAGUGAGAGAAAAGUGAGUGAAUGGAAGAACGUGAGUGAGUGAGUGAGUGAGUGAGAAAGGAGAGUGACUGGAAGAAAGUGAGUGAGUGAGAAAAGUGAAGAAAGUGAAAGACAUUAAAAAGUGAGUGAAAGAGUGAGAAAAGUGAGUGAAAGAGUGAGUAAGUGAGAAAAGUGAGUGAAUGGAAGAACGUGAGUGAGUGAGUGAGAAAGGAAAGUGAAUGGAAGAAAGUGAUUGAGUGAGAAAAGUGAAGAAAGUGAAAGACAUUAAAAAGUGAGUGAAAGAGUGAGUAAGCGAGGGAGAAAAGUGAGUGAAUGGAAGAACGUGAGUGAGAGAGUGAGAAAAGUGAGUGAAUGGAAGAACGUGAGUGAGUGAGUGAGAAAGGAGAGUGAAUGGAAGAAAGUGAGUGAGUGAGAAAAGUGAAGAAAGUGAAAGACAUUAAAAAGUGAGUGAAAGGGUAAGCGAGUGAGAAAAGUGAGAGUAAAAUAGUGAGAAAAGUGAGUGAAUGGAAGAACGUGAGUGAAAGAGUGAGUGAGUGAGAAAAGUGAGUGAAUGGAAGAACGUGAGUGAGUGAGUGAGUGAGAAAGGAGAGUGAAUGGAAGAAAGUGAGUGAGUGAGAAAAGUGAAGAAAGUGAAAGACAUUAAAAAGUCAGUGAAAGAGUGAGAAAAGUGAGAGAGUACAAUAGUGAGAAAAGUGAGUGAAUGGAAGAACGUGAGUGAAAGAGUGAGUGAGUGAGAAAGGAGAGUGAAUGGAAGAACGUGAGUGAGAAAGGAGAGUGAAUGGAAGAAAGUGAGUGAGUGAGAAAAGAGAAGAAAGUGAAAGACAUUAAAAAGUGAGUGAAAAAGUGAGAAAAGUGAGAGUAAAAUAGUGAGAAAAGUGAGUGAAUGGAAGAAUGUGAGUGAAAGAAUGAGUGAGUGAGAAAAGUGAGUGAGUGAGUGAGUGAGAAAGGAGAGUGAAUGGAAGAAAGUGAGUGAGUGAGAAAAGUGAAGAAAGUGAAAGACAUUAAAAAGUGAGUGAAAGAGUGAGUAAUCGAGGGAGAAAAGUGAGAGAGUAAAAUAGUGAGAAAAGUGAGUGAAUGGAAGAACGUGAGUGAGUGAGAAAGGAGAGUGAAUGGAAGAAAGUGAGUGAGUGAGAAAAGUGAAGAAAGUGAAAGACAUUAAAAAGUCAGUGAAAGAGUGUGAAAAGUGAGAGAGUACAAUAGUGAGAAAAGUGAGUGAAUGGAAGAACGUGAGUGAAAGAGUGAGUGAGUGAGAAAGGAGAGUGAAUGGAAGAACGUGAGUGAGAAAGGAGAGUGAAUGGAAGAAAGUGAGUGAGUGAGAAAAGAGAAGAAAGUGAAAGACAUUAAAAAGUGAGUGAAAAAGUGAGAAAAGUGAGAGAGUAAAAUAGUGAGAAAAGUGAGUGAAUGGAAGAACGUGAGUGAAAGAAUGAGUGAGUGAGAAAAGUGAGUGAGUGAGUGAGAAAGGAGAGUGAAUGGAAGAAAGUGAGUGAGUGAGAAAAGUGAAGAGAGUGAAAGACAUUAAAAAGUGAGUGAAAGAGUGAGUAAUCGAGGGAGAAAAGUGAGAGAGUAAAAUAGUGAGAAAAGUGAGUGAAUGGAAGAACGUGAGUGAGUGAGAAAAGUGAGUGAAUGGAAGAACGUGAGUGAAAGAGUGAGUGAGUGAGAAAAGUGAGUGAAUGGAAGAACGUGAGUGAGUGAGUGAGUGAGUGAGAAAGGAGAGUAAAUGGAAGAAAGUGAGUGAGUGAGAAAAGUGAAUAAAGUGAAAGACUUUAAAAAGUGAGUGAAAGAGUGAGUAAGCGAGUGAGAAAAGUGAGAGAGUAAAAUAGUGAGAAAAGUGAGUGAAUGGAGGAACGUGAAAGAGUGGCGACUGCUGUGACUGAGUGAGUGGAAAUAUUGAGGUGAGUGACUGAGCUGAGUGAGAUGAGUGAGUGAAAGAUUGGGUUGAAAGAGUGAGACGAGAAGGGGGUGAUUGAGUGAGAGCAACUAAGAAGAGUGAGUGAGAUGAGUGAAUGAAGGAUGGAGCAAGGGUGAGCGAGAUUGAAAGAGUGACUGAGUCAAAAGCGAGUUGAGUGAGUGAAAACGGUGAGUAAGAGGAAUGAGUGAGUGAAAGAGUAAGAAGAGUGAGUUGAGGGGUGAGUGAGAGCAAGUAGGAAGAGUGAGUGAGGUGAGUGAAUGAAGGAUUGAGCAAGGGUGAGCGAGAUUGAAAGAGUGAGUGAAAAUAUUGAGGUGAAAGAGUGAGUUGGUGAGCGAGUGAAAAGAGUGACUGAGUCAAAAGUGAGUUGAGUGAGUGAAAACGGUGAGUAAGAGGAGUGAGUGAGUGAAAGAGUAAGAAGAGUGAGUUGAGGGGUGAGUGAGAGCAAGUAGGAAGAGUGAGUGAAUGAAGGAUUGAGCAAGAAUAGUGAGUAAGAAAAGCAGGUGAGUGAGUGCAAAGAGUGAGAGUGAAAGAUUAAGAAGAGCGAGAAUGAGUAAGAAAAGCGGCCGAGUGAAUGAGCAAAUGAAAGAUUGCGGAAGGCGACUGAGUGAGUGGUUGAAGUGAGGGACUGAGUCAAAAGUGAGUUGAGUGAGUGAAGAAUUAAUUGAGUGAUAAGUGAAAGAUUGAGUAAGAAGAGUGAAUGAGAGGAGUGAGUGAAGAGUGAGUUGAGGAGUGAUAAGUGAAAGAUUGAUGAGUGAGUGAAUGAGUUGAGGAGUGAGUGAGAAGAGUGAGUUUAGGAAUGAUGAGUGAAAGAUUGAGUAAGAAGAGUGAGCGAGUGAGUGAGUGAGAUGAGGAGUGAGUGAGUGACUUGAGGAGUGAUGAGUGAGAGAUUAACAAGAGUGAGUGAGUGAGUGAAUGAGUUGAAGAGUAAGUGAGAAGAGUGAGUCAAUGAGUUGAGUGAGUGAAUGAAUGAAGAGUGAGUUGAGUGAAGAUUGAGUUAGAGGCGUGAGUGAAUGAGUUGAGGAGUGAGUAAGAACAGUGAGUGAUGAGUGAGUGAGUAUAAUUUAGAAGCUUUUUGAUGGAUGAAAAAAUGUUGAGAAAGUAAAAGUCUUUCUGCAGCAAAGAGAAUAUUGGAGUCACAUGACCAAGUCAAGUGGUCACAUGACCAAGUCAAGUGGUCACAUGACCAAGUGUCAGCACCAACUAAGUCGGAGUGAGCGUGCUCAGAGAAGAUGGAGGGCCACUUAACACCUUUUUCACCUGCCUACUAUCAAAGUGGACACACACACACACACACACACACACGUGGUCAGCUAGUAGAAGUGCCGGGGAUGAUGAGUUGAUGAAUUGUGAGUGAGUGAAGUAAGAUGUGCACAGUCAGGGUGAAACACACCUUCACUAAAUCUUCCCCUCAGUCUUCACCAACAAACACAAAAAACGUCUCUUCAUUUGCGCUAAAUGUUCCGCAAACAUUCCGUCAACAUCACGCCUCAACACAUCACGCCUCAACACAUCACGCUUCAACACAUCACACUUCAACACAUCACGCCUCAACACAUCACGCCUCAACACAUCACGCCUCAACACAUCACACUUCAACACAUCAAGCCUCAACACAUCACACUUCAACACAUCACACCUCAACACAUCACGCCUCAACACAUCACACUUCAACACAUCACACCUCAACACAUCACGCCUCAACACAUCACGCCUCAACACAUCACACUUCAACACAUCAAGCCUCAACACAUCCCGCCUCCACAUCACACUUCAACACAUCAAGCCUCAACACAUCAUGCCUCAACACAUCACACCUCAACACAUCAUACUUCAACACAUCAAGCCUCAACACAUCACGCCUCAACACAUCACACCUCAACACAUCACGCCUCAACACAUCACGCCUCAACACAUCACACCUCAACACAUCACGCCUCAACACAUCACGCCUCAACACAUCACACUUCAACACAUCACGCUUCAACACAUCACGCUUCAACACAUCAUGCCUCAACACAUCACGCCUCAACACAUCACACUUCAACACAUCACGCCUCAACACAUCACACUUCAACACAUCACGCCUCAACACAUCACACUUCAACACAUCACGCCUCAACACAUCACACUUCAACACAUCACGCCUCAACACAUCACACUUCAACACAUCACGCCUCAACACAUCACACUUCAACACAUCACGCCUCUACACAUCACACUUCAACACAUCACGCCUCAACACAUCACGCUUCAACACAUCAAGCCUCAACACAUCACGCCUCAACACAUCACACUUCAAUACAUCACGCCUCAACACAUCACGCCUCAACACAUCACGCCUCAACACAUCAUACUUCAACAAAUACAUUGCUGCUUUCGACUAAAAAAAAAUAAAUUAAACUAUCAAUUAAAAAAUCCACUUAAAAAACAGAUUUUUUUGUUUAUCAGCCGCACAAAACAAGCUUUUCUUAUCUGGAUCACCAUUCUUAUACUGAUUUUAAAUCAAUUAUUAAAUAAAUAAUUCAAAUAAAAGUAGAAAAAAAAUGUCAGACCAGAUACGUACAUUACAUUGGGAAAAAAAAUAAAAAUCGCUUUUUGAAAAUGAUUAAUUGACAACUUCCUGCUACUGCAGACUGAUUAAUUCUUUAGAAAGACACAAAUUGUUUUUUAUUAACCUGAUUCUGAAUGGAUUCAUUUAGAAAAACUAUAAAAUAAAAGUAAAAAAAAAAAAAAAAAAAAAAUUUUUUUUAAAUUGCUUGUAUCAUUUGGAAAAAAAAAAGAUUUUUGAGAAUGAUUAAUUGAUAAUUAAUUGACAACUUCCUGCUUCUGCAGACCGAUUAAUUCUUUAGAAAGAAAGUAAUCGAUUUUUAUUAACCUGAUUCUAAUUGGAUUCAUCAUUUAUUUAUGUUUUUAAUAAUAAUAAAAAAAAUAUCAAAAACAUUACAAGUAAUAUUUAAAAAUAAAUAUAUCCAUUUUCUGUGUUGGCCCUGCGAUGAGGUGGCGACUUGUCCAGGGUGUACCCUGCCUUCCGCCCGAUUGUAGCUGAGAUAGGCGCCAGCGACACCGAAAGGGAAUAAGCGGUAGAAAAUGGAUGGAUGGAUGGAUAUCCAUUUUUGAAUUGAUUUAAAAUCAAAUAUAAGAUUCACCCUUCCAUUUACACUUUAUUAAAUAUCCAACUUCCUGCUUCAUUCUUAUUCCGCCUCGCUAUAAUUCCAUUCAUAAUUUAAAAAAGUAAAAAGUUAUACCAAAUAAAUACAUUGCGGUUAUCCUAAAAAUAUUAGAUGUAAAUGGAUUUUGUUGUUGUUAAUGAUUUAAAAAUCAGUCCAAGAGAAUAUUAGUGUAAAAGUAAACAAGCCACGCCCAUCUCUUGCAUUUCUCUUUCUGACGCCCUAAGACAAAGUUAGGACACCCCCAUGCUACUGUGCAGCCGGCAGCCAUUUUGUGUCCUGCAGGAAGGAGUUCAUACGGAGCGACCGAGUACCUCUUCUUCUUCUUCUUCUCAGGGAUCCUCUCUCUCUCUCUCUCUCUCUCUCUGGGACGUGACAGAAUGUAAAUAUGAACGUGUGAAUAUUCAUGUACUGCUGGACUCCUCCAUGCCAGAAGAGUCUAUACUUGAAGAACAGAAAGCACAUAUCAGAAGGACUGAGGACUUUUUCACCUUCAUCUUGGGUCUCUUGGUCCUUUCUUUCUUGCCUUGUCCUCUUCUUCUUACGCUUUAAAACAACCAAACCUUUUGGGACUUCUCGUGCUUGAAAAAAUCACGUCAGCAGUUUUUUGUGUCGUCGCUAGCGCCUUUUUUUGUUGUUGUUGUUGUAUUUUUUUAGAAGCUGUUAUUUAUUGAAGAGAUGAUUGUACGACAUGAAGUUUGAUACACUGCUCGCUUUAUUUAUGGAACUAAAUCACUCCUUUCUAGAAA